AUGAACAGAGAACUCCUUUCUCCAAGUUUGGACUCAGAAGCAAAAGUGGUCAUGAGGGGUCAAAAUGUAUCGCUAAUUUGUUCCAACCAGAACAAAUCACUACAGAUCACCUAUUUUUUGUUUCGGCGUGAGAAACACCUGAGAACCCAUGAUGGAAAAGGUGAACCCAUGAUUUUUAACCUAAGCAUCUCAGAAGCCCAUGAGCUGGGCCCCUACAAAUGCAAAGCCCAAGUUUCUAACUGUUCAGUGGUCAAAUACAGUCAUGAGUUCAACUUCACAUUUGUGGACCCAGUGAUCACACCAGUGUUGAACAUUCAUGUCAUUAACAUAGAAACAGACUGACAUAUAAUACUACGUUGUAGCUCAUUCAAUGGCUCUCUGCCCAUCACUUAUACUUCCUUUGAGAAAGAUAUUGCCCUAUCACCACCUAUUUCCAAGCAUGUAAGGGAGCCUGCUGAAUUCAACUUAAGCAAGAGCAACACUGGAGAAAGGGAAGAGUACAGGUGCAAAACUGAAAACAGGUUGCCUGACCAUGAAAGAUACAGUCAGCCAGUCUCCAUCAAUCCCCCACCAGGUGGAGACGGCUGUCCUUUCUGCCUGCAGGUACUGCUUCCAGGGUUAUUGCUGGUGCUAAUUUUAAUAAUCCCAAUUCUGGCAUUUUGGAUACUACCAAAGUACAAAGCAAGAAAAGCUAUAAGAGAUAAAGCACCUGGAGACUAUGGAAAUACGGCCAGGGAAGUUAGAAUAUAUGCAAAUAUCUGUGAAAAUCAAGCAGGUAAGGAAUCCGUGCGAGGCUUGGAACCAAGGCAGUGUGUUCCCACAGCCCAAGAUGGAACUGGACACUCCCAGGAGAUACACUAUGUUACCCCUGUGUUCCAGGAGGUGGCACCCAGAGUUCAUGAAGCCUGUAAUGAUUGUAAAACUGGAUAUAUCUAUUCAGAACUCAUCUUCUGA